AUGGACAAUAAUCAGCAUGAAUUCCUUUAUUACCGUAUGUGGAGGAAAAAGGCCCUAGCUGUUCUUGUUCUACUGUUGGUCUUCUGGUGGAGGAACCAAAAUGACAAGAGGACUAGAGCCAAUCGUGUAAAGUAUGCUCCUCUCAAGAAAAACAAAGUUGGAAGUGCUGAUGUUGUAUAUCGUGAGAAGUACAAAACAUGGACUGAUGACAGCACUGAGUUUAUGCUUCAGUGGUAUGUUGACUACCAAAAGGACAAACCUGCUACCUUUAGGUGGAAGCAACACCACCAUCAUCUGUGUGCAGAAGCUUUGAAUGCCAGAUUUGGAAUAGGAGCUACCAGACAUCAAGUUUAUCGUCACUUCAGGGCAUUAAAGGAGAAGUGGAACUGGAUAAGGCAAGCUUUGGCUAAGAGUGGCAAUGGUUUUGAUGCAGCGUCUCGCAAGUUCAAUCUACCAUAUUCAGAGAAAUCACCUUCCAAGCUUGGGACUUUGAAAUACAACUAUCUUACUCGACCUAUCAAAUUCUUCCAGCUCAUGGAAGAGCCAUUUGGAGAAUCUGACCAAGCUAAUGGAUUCUUAGCUAUUGACCAAUACAUUUCAGAUGCAGAAGAUGAUAGAUCUGAAACAGAGACUGAUGAUUCAUUUACCGUUGAGCAUGGUGAGAAUGAUUCUGACACUAUUGCUCGUAGCAAUUCACCUGAUCUAGCCUUCAGUUCUGGUCUCAAGCACAAAAACAUGAAAUCGCCUAUGAAGAAGCUUCGAAAGCACAAAGAAAAACGUGCCAACGCAUUAGAGAAUGAUAAAAUUGCAUCAAGUAUUGUCAUGCUGGCCAAUUCUGUUACAUCUAGUGCCCCUGCACCUGCUGAUCCUUAUGCUACUCUUUGGAAGCGUAUUGAGGAUAUACCUUUCCCACCACGGGAUAAGGUUGAUAUUGCAACCUUUCUUUCCAAGCCGGAGCAGAUGUACUUGCGCAACUACUUGAAUGCUGCAUCUGGUCAGUCAUUUGGAACUUGGGUAACUGAUUACUUAGGUGCCAAGUAUGGUGCUAGUGGUGGGUAUGCAUGUGAAUAUGAUAGCUCUGAGUGA